UAUAUAUAUAUCCAAACACAUAUAUGGUAUGGUAUAUAUAAAAUAUAUAUGUAACGAAGAGUGUGCGUAAUGCUUAGAAUCCAACACUAGCUAAGAUUUAUACAUCUGUAUGCAAUGCAUACAUACUUCAGCUCGUAACUGAUAUAACGCAAGUGCAGUGCAGCGUGCAGUUGAACGUCGUAAGAGAAUGAGUGAUGCAAGCUGAUAUUUGGCCUAAAGAAAUAGUUAAAUAAAAGAAAGAAAAGGCGAUUGUGUGAUUAAUUUUCAGUGUGUGUAAUGCUUUAUCUACUGUUUGAAAAUUGAAUAAACAUUUUUUCGUGUCCUUGAAUUCGAGCUUACAACAUACAAUAGAGUCUAUGACAUUUUCAUUAUAGACAAAGAGGUUUAUCACCUUCUCGGUAAAUUCCACUUUUUUCGUAUACAUAGUAACGUAUGCUCUAGCAUAUUUUUGUUGUGUUGAAAAACCGCAUCGAUCGUGAUCGCUGCUUCAACGACGAAAACGAACGAGGAGGCCGUCACACAACAGGACUUUGUUUCGUAGAGAGAUUCCCGAGCGAGAAUUAUAGACACAUCUUCAAAAUGCCUGACGAACAGGAAAUAAGAGCAUGUGAUAAUUCUGAUGACAUUUCAACAACAACAGAAAAGGAUGUAUCAAAGCAGGCCUUUAGGAAAAAAAUUUGGGAUCACAUAAAAAAAAACGAACUGGCAGAUUCUCAGCUGAGCCUUUACAGCAGAAUACCAAAUUUCGAAGGAGCUGAAGAAGCUGCUCAACGAAUUCUUCAACUUGAUGAAUUCAAAAGAGCCAAAGUAAUAAAAAUAAAUCUUGAUAAGCCACAAGAACACGUAAGACUACUGGCUCUGGAAGCCAAUAAAGAAAUUUUAGUGCCAAUCCCUCGACUCAAGUCAGGAAUCUUUCUUCAUGUUGUGCCUGAUCCAAACACAAGCAAAGAGGAUUUGAAACAAAUGGUGGCUAAACGAGAUCUGCAAGAAUUUAGUAAAACCAUUGGACUGGAUUCUAAUAUUAAGGUGGAUCUGGUGGUGCUCGGUUCGGUAUGUGUGAGUCGUACGGGACGCAGAAUUGGCAAGGGUGAGGGCUUUGCAGAUCUGGAGUUUGGUGUUUUGAUGAAAAUGGGUGCUGUAAGCAGUGAAACGACGAUAGUAACAACGGUUCACGAUUGUCAGAUAGUGGAUUCAUUGCCAGACAGUCUUUUCGAAAAAUAUGAUGUACCGGUGGAUGUAAUAGUGACACCGACGCAGACGUUAAGAGUGAGCGAGAGGUUGAAGAGACCGGAGGGUAUAUACUGGGAAAUGCUGACCCAGAGACGUGUCAAGUCGAUGGAAAUUUUGCAACAAUUGCAGCAGAAGGACGAAAAGGAUGGGAAGACUGUAACGUUGAAAGAAAAGGAUACGAGCGACGAGAGGCGUCGCUACGAGAGACGUUGGUUCGAGAAGCCCAGAAGCAAGAGACGUCCAAGAGUGAAGGGGGAAGUAACGGAUUCGAAGGGCGCGACUAUGGUAGAAACGGACGAGAAAUCUGUGAAAGAGCAUAAUAAUCGUGGCAACAGAAGAGGCCGUUUGUCAGAGAGACGUCACUUGCGUGAUCGCAAAGUGGUGGACGGUGAUAGCGAAGCAGCUCCAGUUACCGAGAACGAAGUGAGCAAGAUUGAAAACGAAACGAAACCACGACGCCGUAAGCCCAUGAGACCACGAACGCGAGCGGACAUCGAUUUUUCAUUGAAGUUAUCGAACAUCAAAUCCGACGUUCGCGUAAGACACUUGAAAAACGCACUUCUCGAGCGUGGCAUUCGAGCCAGACACAUAACAUGGCACGGUCAACGCGGCUACUGCUAUUUGCAUUUUGGAAAAUUACGAAACAAAGACUCCAAGCCCGAUCAGCCGGUCCAGGUCGACUCAAUAGUUGCCAACUUGCAACAUCUCAAGCUCGGCGAUACUGUCCCGACGGAUUCGGCGAACGAGACUAACGAAAAUGAGUACAUUGUCGUCGAGCCGGCGAAGCCAAUAACCAGAAUCGAGAUAACUGACGUUACUGCCGUUUAGUCGCGAUCGACGCAUUAACUUUGACUCUCUCCCUCUCUUCGUCUCCCUCUUUUUCUCUUUAUCUCUAAGCUUAGGCGAAGCCUUUUCCUUCCCCGAUGGAUUUAUCGCCACACCAAACACCAAUACGUAAAGUUUCCUGCCCAAUUUACAAAGCUGGGCUCAAUUCAGAGAAAAUCAUAUUAUAUUCAAAUUAUCGUCGACUCGACGCAACUUCAACGCGAAGCUAAGCGUGCUAUUGAAACUGGUGAUGGAAACAAAAUUGUACACGCGAAGGUCAAAACGUUAGAAGUUUCCAUAUCAUAUCUUAUUAUCCGACAUAUUUACAAUCAAAACUAAAUAAUCGGAUGCAACUACUGAAGAAUCAAAGUCGCGAUAGUUCCCUGGUUACAAACGCCCAAUUUUGUCCUGACAUCUUACCGGACUUUAUGUAUAUUAAUAUAUGUUAUAUUAAUUACGAAAAGGGAAUAACGUAACAAUAACUUGGAUAAUCAUUGUUCCGCGGUGCUUGUGAUAUAUUAUUAUAUUAAAAGGCUAAAAUAAAUAGCCGGGCUAUGUUGACCGAGUCUGUCGAAUGCGGGUCAAUUGCCUUUAGCAAUUGCGCGGCGAGUAAACGAAAAUGUGAAAUUAAUUCGUUCGUGAGAACGAAUUUGGUACGACAAAAGUAACGGAACGAGACUCAAACUCCCCCCUCUCGUAACUACCGAUUGCGAAUGAAAAUUGUCAAUAUUUUUCUGAAGAGAUAUUUUCACAUGGCUUUCCCCUCGUUAUUUCGUGAAAGACAAACAGUAGUUGAAACACACAUAUACUAAAGACAAGAAAAUAUGGAAAAGCAAGAAAAAUCGUGAUUAUAGAAAUAAAUGGAUUAUAUUUUGAUGCUUGAGCCGUUUCGAGGCGAGCUAUUUUGCGGGCUUCCAUGGUGUACGAACCUCGAUAAAGCCACUAAUACAAAAGUAAACAAAGGAUAGUGCAUAAUUCGAAUAAUAUACGAUUUAGCCGUGUUAUAGCGACGAUUAAGCGGCUAUACUUUGUGAUAUUAACGUAUAUAAUUUUCUUACAUUUAUUACUUAUUUUUCUCGUUUUCUUAUUUUUUUUCACGAGUCCUAACGAUUAUAUUUUAGUCCUAAUCGAUGAAAUAUUAUUAUUAUUAUUUUUUCUCCGAGAUUAACCUGUCGAUCUACGUAAACGAGAUAUUUACAUUUUUGUCAAGAUUGUUCGUUUUUCCUUCGUUAAAAAUUCAUAUCGACGCUAUCGGUAUGCUAACGUGAGAAAUUGAGAUGAAAAAUUGUCCGAAAUUCGCCUUCGGUUUAACAGGCUCUCUUUUUACGUUUAUUUUCCCUUUUUCAAUAGUCGAACCUUCGAUUAUUCUAUAUACCAGUACCGCUGGCACAAAUAAUUUUCGUAAUUUACCGAUGAAACUUCGAUUAAAUAAAUACGUAGAAGAAAUCGUCAGAAACAUAUUUUUCUAUCGUUUUUAUCGUUAAUUCGAAAGUUGCAUUUAUACUUUUUCCUCGUUGCUAUAAAUAACUCCCAUCUCGAUGCCCCGCGGGCGGUUGGGAAUGCAUUAUAUUGGAUUAACAGCGAAAAAUGUUAUUUUUUCUCUCUCAAUGUUCGAGGGAGCUGAAAACAAAUAAACUAUAUAUGAUUUCGAGAA